AUGGGGGCUCAGAAGAUUCGGGAAUACGCGGACCCCGAGGCAGUGGAGGAGGAGACUUGGAAGGAGCCGUCAGGGCUGAAGACCAUCGCUCCCGCGCCCAGCCUGCUCCCGGGGCUGGGGCUGGGCAGACCCAGGGGCCUGGCUCCCUUCACCCCCUUGGGUGAACCCGUGGACCUUGCUCCCGCCCCCUCCUCUCCACACAUUUGGCUUGUGCUUUUCCGACCUCCAGGGCCCGCCCUCCUGCCAGGCCACGAGAGCUACGUGACCUUCUGCCACCUGGAGGACGAGGCCGCCUUCACGUGCAGCGCUGACUGUACCAUCCGGAAGUGGGACGUGCGGACCGGCCAGUGCCUGCAGGUGUUCCGGGGACACACGUCCAUCGUGAACAGGAUCCUGGUGGCCGACAACCAGCUGUUCAGCGGCUCCUACGACCGGACAGCUCGAGCCUGGAGCGUGGACAAGGGGCAGGUGUCCCAGGAGUUCCGGGGCCACCGCAACUGCGUGUUGACCCUCGCCUACUCCGCCCCAUGGGACCUGCCCGGGGCCCCCUGCGCCGAGGAGGCCGGGGGGCUGCUGGUGACGGGCAGCACGGACGGCACGGCCAGGGUGUGGCAGGUGGCCGGCGGCGGCUGCUGGCAGACGCUGCGGGGCCACACAGGCGCCGUGCUCUGCCUUGUGCUGGACACGCCCAGUCACACGGCCUUCACCGGCAGCACCGACGCCACCAUCCGCGCCUGGGACAUCCUGAGCGGGGAACAGCUGCGGGUGUUCAGGGAGCACCAGGGCCCUGUCAUCUGUCUGGAGCUUGUGAACCGGCACGUGUACUCGGGCAGCGCGGACAGGACGGUCAAGUGCUGGCUGGCAGACACGGGGGAGCGCGUGCGCACGUUUGCAGCCCACGGACACAGCGUGAGCGCCCUCAAAUACCAUGCGGGCACCUGGUGUUUUCCUGUGAGGAGCAGGUCGGAGGAGGGCUGGUUCCUGAUACCCACAAGAGAGGCCCUCAACCAAUGACUGAUGGGAACUGUGGAUUAGUCGUCCAGCAUCCUUGUCUCUCCCCGGGGCCCCGGGCCGGGGGCGGGGGGGAACUCUGAGACAUGCUCUGCACCCUCUCCCAAGGGGCCCCAGCAGUCAUCUGCUCACUAAUACACCUUGUAUGGGCCUCCUUCCUUCUUGUUUCUCUCCCCACCUCGUGGAAUGCGCUCCCAAAGUGUUUGCACCCAGAUCCUAGUGUCAGGGCUCACUUCUGGGAGAACCCAGGCUAAGACAAUAAAUAAACGAGGGAGUUCUUA